CCUGCCGGCGUCCGGGAGCCCCGCGCCCCCGGAGUCCAGCGCCCGCGGAGAUCGCGCGCCCCGCGCCACCGCACCGGGGUGCUGCUGCCCGAGUCCCCACGCCCUGCGUCACCACACCCAGAGUCCCGGCGGGGGCCUCCUCUGCCCGACCGCCGCCUUCCUCCGCUCUACCCGCGCCAUGGCGGCCCCCGACCUGUCCACCAACCUCCAGGAGGAGGCCACCUGUGCCAUCUGCCUCGACUACUUCACGGACCCGGUGAUGACUGACUGCGGCCACAACUUCUGCCGCGAGUGCAUCCGGCGAUGCUGGGGCCAGCCCGAGGGCCCGUACGCGUGCCCCGAGUGCCGCGAGCUGUCCCCUCAGAGGAACCUGCGGCCCAACCGCCCCCUCGCCAAGAUGGCCGAGAUGGCGCGGCGCCUGCACCCGCCGUCGCCCGUCCCGCAGGGCGUGUGCGCCGCGCACCGCGAGCCGCUGGCCGCCUUCUGCGGCGACGAGCUGCGCCUGCUGUGCGCCGCUUGCGAGCGCUCCGGCGAGCACUGGGCGCACCGCGUGCGCCCGCUGCAGGACGCGGCCGAAGACCUCAAGGGGAAGCUGGAGAAGUCACUGGAGCACCUGCGGAAGCAGCUGGAGGAUGCACUGCUGUUCCAGAAGCAGGCAGAGGAGACCUGUACCCUGUGGCAGAUGAUGGUGCAGAGCCAGCGGCAGAACGUGCUGGGUGAGUUUGAGCGUCUGCGCCGCCUGCUGGCCGAGGAGGAGCAGCAGCUGCUGCAGAAGCUGGAGGAGGAGGAGCUGGAGGUGCUGCCCCGGCUGCGUGAGGGUGCAGCCCGGCUCGGCCAGCAGAGUGCCCAGCUGGCCGAGCUCAUUGCCGAGCUGGAGGGCCGCUGCCAGCUGCCCGCACUGGGGUUGCUGCAGGACAUCAAGGAUGCCCUGCGCAGGGUCCAGGAUGUGAAGCUGCAGCCUCCAGAAGUGGUGCCCAUGGAGCUGAGGACUGUGUGCAGGGUCCCGGGGCUGGUGGAAACCCUGCGGAGGUUUCGAGGGGAUGUGACCCUGGACCCAGACACUGCCAACCCUGAGCUGGUCCUUUCAGAGGACAGGAGGAGCGUGCAGCGGGGCGACCUGCGGCAGUCCCUGCCUGACAGCCCGGAGCGCUUCGACCCCGGCCCCUGCGUGCUGGGCCAGGAGCGCUUCUCCUCGGGCCGCCACUACUGGGAGGUGGAGGUGGGGGACCGCAGCAGCUGGGCCCUGGGCGUGUGCAGGGAGAACGUGAACAGGAAGGAGAAGGGCGAGCUGUCGGCCGGCAAUGGCUUCUGGAUCCUGGUGUUCCUGGGGAGCUACUACACCUCGCCCGAAAGGGCCUUCACGCCCCUCCGGGACCCUCCAAGGCGCGUGGGGAUCUUUCUGGACUAUGAGGCCGGACAUCUGUCAUUCUACAGUGCGACUGACGGGUCGCUGUUGUUCAUCUUCCCCGAGACCCCCUUCUCCGGGACGCUCCGGCCCCUCUUCUCACCUCUGUCGAGCAGCCCAACCCCUAUGACCAUCUGCCGGCUGAAAGGCGGGCCUGGAGAUGCCCUGGUUCCCCAGUGACUUGGACCCUCUCGGGGGAAUCCCUUCCCUUCUCCCGGCCACUUGUCCUGGCUUUGGGUGUUUUGUUCACUUGGAGGACUUGGGUGGAGGAAGCGUGUCCUCUGGGCAACGGGAGGAACGUGUGGUGCCUUUCUGAAUGUACAUGGGAAAACCUGAGUUCUGGGAAUGGCAUGGGCAGAUGUGGGGUGGGCCUUGUCCUCCCUGUGGGACCCCUCCAGGCUACCAAAUGCCACUAAGCAUCAACAGCCCUGACCAAAGCCCUGAGCCUCGCAAGCCCCACCAGAAACACACAGCAUCCAGGGCCUGCCCGAGCACCCCACCUCUAGGGACAUGCCCCAUGUGGCUGCUGGGAGGCGAGCCAGUUCCAAACCCACUUAUGUCCCAUGAAAGGGGAGGGCCACCUACUGGAGGGACAUCAGUCUUCAGGCAAAAGAUGAUCUGAGGAAGCUAAGUAGGAGGGGAACUGAGCAGAAGUCCCCAAAUAAAGGGCCUUCUGGAAAAUUCCGUGGGUGCAGAGAUUCACCUUUGGCAGUUGUGUGGGGUCUGGAGGUGAGAGUAGGACUUGGA